UCCCAAAGUGCUGGGAUUACAGGCGGGAGCAAACGCGGUCGGCCAAUCCUAACCGGGUUUGAUCAGCACCUGCUUAGCCCCGGCCUCCCCAGGUGACGACAGGAAAACCUGUUUCCACGCGCAGGUCGCAGAGGCUCAGAGCGCCAGGAGGUGACGCGGUGAAGGAGGGGCGGGCGCACGGCCCAGAUUCCGCAGCUGCGAGGGCGAGGCCUUGGCACUCGCGGGGCCCGGGCGCGGAGUGCGCGGGGCCAAGUCCUGAGCUCCGGGGCAGCGCUCGGCCAUGGGAUCCGCCGCGCGGAGGGGACGCGCCGCGCCCGCCGCCAGGGCCUGCGUGCUGCUGCUACUGCUUUUCUGCUCGCUUCUGAAGACCUGUGAACCUAAAGCUGCAAAUGCCUUUAAACCAAAUAUCCUACUGAUCAUGGCAGACGAUCUGGGCAUUGGGGAUCUCGGUUGCUAUGGCAACGAAACGCUGAGAACGCCAAAUAUUGACCAGCUUGCAGAGGAAGGCGUGAGGCUCACUCAGCACCUGGCGGCCGCCCCACUGUGCACCCCCAGCCGAGCCGCAUUCCUCACGGGGAGACAUUCCUUCAGAUCAGGCAUGGAGGCCAGCAAUGGAUACCGGGCCCUCCAGUGGAAUGCGGGCUCAGGUGGACUUCCCGAGAAUGAAACCACUUUUGCAAGAAUCCUGCAGCAGCGCGGCUAUGCCACCGGCCUCAUAGGAAAAGGGCACCAGGGAGUGAAUUGUGCAGCCCGGGCGGAUCACUGCCACCACCCGCUGAAGCACGGAUUUGACUAUUUCUACGGCAUGCCCUUCACGCUCACCAACGACUGUGACCCAGGCAGGCCCCCCGAAGUGGACGCUGGCCUCAGGGCACAGCUCUGGGUUUACACCCAGUGCCUGGCGCUGGGGAUUCUCACCGUGGCCGCGGGCAAGACCUGCGGUCUCAUCUCUGUCUCCAGGAGAGCAGUCACUGGCAUGGCCGGCCUGGUCUUCCUGUUUUUCAUCUGCUGGUACUCCAGCUUUGGGUUUGUGCGCCGCUGGAACUGUAUCCUGAUGAGAAACCAUGAUGUCACGGAGCAGCCCAUGGUUCUGGAGAACACAGCAAGUCUUAUGCUAAAGGAAGCCAUUUCCUAUAUUGAGAGACACAAGCAUGGGCCAUUUCUCCUCUUCCUGUCUUUGCUCCAUGUACACAUCCCCCUUGUGACCACGGCAGCAUUCCUGGGGAAAAGUCAGCAUGGCUUAUAUGGUGACAAUGUGGAGGAGAUGGACUGGCUUGUAGGGUCUCACUUUGUCGCCCAGGCUGGAGUGCAGUGGUGCCAUCUUGACUCAUGCAGCUUUGACCUCCCAGGCUCAGGGAAGAUUCUUAAUGCCAUCGAAGACAAUGGUUUGAAGAACUCAACUUUCACAUAUUUCACCUCUGACCAUGGAGGACAUUUAGAGGCAAGAGAUGGACACAGCCAGUUAGGGGGAUGGAACGGAAUUUACAAAGGUGGGAAGGGCAUGGGAGGAUGGGAAGGUGGGAUCCGAGUACCUGGGAUCUUCCACUGGCCCGGGGUGCUCCCGGCUGGCAGAGUAAUUGAUGAGCCCACAAGCCUGAUGGACGUGUUCCCCACCGUGGUCCAGCUGGCGGGUGGCGAGGUGCCCCAGGACAGGGUGAUUGACGGCCACAGCCUGGUGCCCUUGCUGCAGGGAACUGAGACACGCUCGGCACAUGAGUUUCUGUUUCAUUACUGUGGGCAGCAUCUCCAUGCAGCACGCUGGCACCAGAAGAACAGUGGAAGCGUCUGGAAGAUUCAUUACAUGACCCCACAGUUCCACCCUGAGGGAGCAGGGGCCUGCUACGGCCGAGGCAUCUGCCCGUGCUCAGGGGAGGGCGUGACCCAUCACAAACCCCCUUUGCUCUUUGACCUCUCCAGGGACCCCUCCGAGGCACGACCUCUGACCCCUGACUCUGAGCCCCUGUACCACGCCGUGAUGGCAAGGGUGGGCGCAGCGGUGUCAGAGCAUCGGCAGACCCUGAGGCCUGUGCCCCAGCAGUUUUCCAUGAGCAACAUCGUGUGGAAGCCAUGGCUACAGCCAUGCUGCGGAAAUUUCCCGUUCUGCUCAUGCCGCGAGGAUGGGGAUGGCAGCCCCCGAAUGCCAGCACUGUGAGGGAGGAUGCCCUGCCGAAAACAAAGUUCUCCAAGCUUGGUCUUAUCUUCAGCUUCCCUUUUGCAAGGAACAUGCCCUGGACUGAGAGUGGGUCCCUAUUUUCUUUCUUUCUUUUCUUUCUUUUCUUUCUUUCCUUCUUUCUUUCUUUCUUUCUUUCUUUCUUUCUUUCUUUCUUUCUUUCUUUCUUUCUUUCUUUGUUUCUUUUUAUUUCUUUCUCUUUCUUUUUUUGAGACAGAGUGUUGCUCUGUUGCCCAGGCUGGAGUGGUGCAAAGGCAUGAUCUCUGCUGACUGCAGCCUCCACCUGCCAGGUUCAAGUGAUCCUCCUGCCUCAGCCUCCAGAGUAGCCGGGGUCACAGACACCCAUCACCGCGCCUGGCUAAAUUUCGUAGUUUUAGUAGAGACAGCGUUUCAACAUGUUGGUCAGGCUGGUCUCACACUCCUAACCUCAAGUCAUCCACCCGCCUCAGCGUCCCAAAGUGUUAGGAUUACAUAUGAUCCACUGCCCCCAUCUAGGGUCUCCAUUUUCUGAUCUGUGAAGUAAGUCUAUCCCAGCAUGCACCCACUAAUGCCUCCUCCUCCUCUUCUAAAUCUCAGGGCUCAUUAUUGUGCCAGUGCCCCAUGUUUCCACCAUCCGUCUUAAAGCAUUGUUCCAAUUUCAGUACCUAGAUGACAUAACAGCCUUCUGAAAGGACAGGGCAAAGUGUCUGUUCCUACUCUUUCACAUAGCUGAGGAAAGUGAAAGCCUCUCAUCUCUGUUCUUGAGGACAUAUUGAUCUCAAAGGGUUGAUGCGUUUUUCAUGCAUUAGAGUCUCUGUUCAUGUGUCCUCAUGGUAUUAUUAUAGAAAUGGCUUCAGGCUGCUGGUAACAGAUGUUGGGAAAAAGGAGUGCCUUAAACAAAGCCAGGCAUGGUGACUCACACCUGUAAUCCCAGCACUUCGGGAGGCCGAGGUCAAAGGAUGACUGGAAACCCAGCAGUUCGAUACCUACCCAGCCUGAGCAACAUGGCGAGACCUCGUCUCUACAAAACCAAAUAGCCCAGAUGUGGUGGCACACAGCUGUAGUCUCGGCUGCUUAGGAGGCUGAGGUGUGAGGAUCGCUUGAGCCUGGGAGGUUGAAACUGCAGUGAGUUAUGAGCACCACUGCACUCCAAGCUAGGGAACAGAGUAAGACCCUGCCUUAAAAAAAUGCCUAAUGGAAAGAACAAGAGAAGAAUGUGUUCUCUUCCAAGUAGUGUGCAGCUCAAGAGGAAGCAACCCAACGCUAGCAAGCUCUUGUCAACACCCAGCUCUGCCACUCUUAGCAUGGCAGAGAGUUGGCCUCAUUAUGUCAACAUGGCUGCCACAGUGCCAGACAUCACAUUCCAGGCAGCAGGAAGGAGAAUGAACCAAAGGGCAUCCCCUUCUCUUGAAUCAGUCCCUGUUAGGGGGGAUUAUCUGGAAGCCCUAACCCAAUUUCUGCUUCCAACUAUUAUCCAUAGAAACAACUGGAAAUUGAGAAGUGCAGGCUUUUAGGUGGGCACCUGGCUUCCCUGUUUGAAACCAGAAUUAGGUUGGUCAGCAGGAAAGCAAGAAAACAUUUACUGAGUUGAUUGAGGUUUUUGAUGCAUCUCUUUAUUGGGAAAUAAAAUGACUUUAUCUCAUUCUGCAUUGAAUCGUGUACCACAAUUGCCUGUCAUUGGCAGAAGAUCCUCAAAUGCACAGAAGAUACCCUGAUGGAAAGUUUGUCCCUUGGGCAAAGAGACAGCCAUGGGAACCUUCAGACAUACAGAGAGAAGGAAGCUUCUCUUCCUGCAUUCCUCGAAUAGCUAAGAUUUGACCAGUGUGUUUUCUAAGUCAAUUCUAGUAUGUUUCAUCCUCACCCCUCCCCUGCGGCUUUGACGAUGGAAGUGUAGUCCUAACUUACUGCAUACCUGGGACCCCUUCCCCCAGAUCGCAAUACAGGGGGCAGGAGAAUUUUACACUAUUCCUCUCGGUCCAUCUAUUGAGGUGUUUGUAGGAAGCAUGCUGGGAAUUGGAACGAGAGAAUAAAUGGCAUCUAAGACAGGCAGUGUUCACCACCAGGUAUUAGGUGAGGAUGGGAUUCUAGGGAAUCCCUUCCUCAUUCUCUCUCCUGCCACCCUGUGAAGAAGUGUUUUCUGCCUUGAUAGGGAGUUUCCCGAGGGCUUCCCCAGCCAUGCAGGACUGAAAUUAUGGUUGCCGUGAGGAAGAUGGUGACAAAAAUGAACCAGAAAUGAGAAGGAAGAAAACCAAAGAGGAAGAAGCAAAAGGAGAGUGCAAAGAGAGAAACAAAAAGAUGUAUCUGGAUCCAGGCUCCUUCAUUUCCCAUGGACAAAUCUAAAUAGCAAGGGGGUCUCAAGGAGAUGCUUUGACCUUCUGGAGCUCCUGCAGAAGGGAGAUCCACAUAAAAACUUUACUGUUUCUGGCUUGUUUCGUUCUUCCUCUGCUCUUAAAAAUGGUUAUGUGGGGAAUUAUUAAAUGUCACUGUCUUAUUUUAAAGAAGAAAAAAAAAUGGUCUCAGGAGAGAAUGCCUCUCCUGAGGCAUUCUCCCAAUGGGAGGCCGGGAGCCACCAUCAGACCUCGGCAUAGAAGCUUCCAGAAUCAAGAGCAGGAGGCAGCAGGCUGCCCACAGCAGUGAGAAUCAUGAGUAGAAGAACCAUCACAGCCCUGCUAACCAGGCAGCUGAUGCCCCUCUCCCCUGGCUCCCUGUGUCCACAUCCUACAGGGGCAUCUGUUGAUUGAACUCAAUCUGAAGCCAGAGAGAAGGCGAGUGGAGAGAGGCAGCACUUGUAGAGCUCAGGUUUCUAAGGCUGGAGAGGGUUCUGGAGGGACACACAGGAGAGACACUCAGAAGAACCGAAAAAUCAUUCAAAAGAAACGUCUAUGGAGCACGGGUCAUGGGGAUUUGGAGGCAACUAGAAGCCAUCUCAUCUUUCACCGUAUUCAACAAGCCCAUUACAACAAGCCUUUUGCUCUCAACCAUUCAGACGAACCCAGCCUAAGAAUUUCCUGGCAUUUGAUGAAAACAGCUGUGGGUUUUGCUAUCUUCAAGCUCCCUGGGAAGGAGGAUAUAAGCCCAGCACUGGCAGGCUCUUUCUAACUACCUGAUCUUGCAUGUAGACUUUGCCUCAUGGUCUCAAGAAGGCUGCCACAGCUCCAGAUGGCACACAGACGUUCCAGGCAGCAGGAAGAAGGAAGGAGCAGUUAACUGAAGGAUGUCAGGGAGCUGGUUAGUCUCCACCUGAAGAAGGCAGUCUUGAGCCAGCUUCAAUUAACUAUCGGGCUCCGGUGGGUACAUCUUUGGACUUUUCUGUAGGUGGAAAUCUGGAUGUGGUAUGUGUCUUAAAGUAGCCACCAACUCUUCCCAUUACCUUCCAAGUGAGCCCAAUUACAGGUUGGAGCCUCUUCCCUGCCCUUAGAUCUGGGAUGAGCCUCUGACUUGCAUUGACCAACAGAAUGCAGUGUAAGUGACACUGACACUACCCUUCCUGCCCUAGACUUGGGGCACAUGGCAGCUAUAUUCUUCCAUUCCUUAAGACUUGCAAAAACGGGUCUCAACAUGCCUUCCCAGAGCCAUGAGGUGUUUCUUCUCCCUUAUACUCACUGGGAAGUGGAUACAAGGGAGCUAAAAUCAGCCUCUGUUCUGUACCGGUUAAGGUAAUAGAGUUGCUGCAGUCCCCGGGGCAGGUAUCUGUGGAUGGCUCUGAAUAGGAUGGUGGCAUUUCUUGGGAAUCAAGUGCAUCCCUAGGCUGGCAGUGCAGCAGAAACACUGAAUAAAAUAUGACAGCUCUCCCUGGA